GCUCUCGCCUCCAACAAACAACACACACACAGGAUAGAGAGAGAGAGAGAGCGAAGAGAAUUGGUUGUUUUUCUCGAAGGGAAAAGGAGCCAGGGAAGGUCGAAUGAUGAUUCCGAGAUAAUAGUAGCACGUCCAGGAGAAGGGAAAUAGGCGCUCAUGGUUGCCGGAGAAGCAGGUAGUCCCCGCUGAGGAAGGUGUCAGCGAGGGAGGUCAGGUGUGGCGGGCAAAGGGGACCAAUGGGGAAGUGCUUGUCUUGUCUCAAGGUCUCUCCACCCGCCCACCAUCCUACUAUACCACAAUAUCCCCCACUACAGCAUGUUACACCGCGGACUGAGUAUGAAAGAACCAGAGAGGUAAGUGAAAGUGGUAGCAGCCUCAGUGGUGUGGAGGGGUACACACCUGUACAGCCGCCGGAUACCCAGAGUAAUGGAAGUGGCAAGAAUUCAGUGAUUGUAAAUGCAUCAGAAAAACGCUCUUUCUACUCACGAAUUCCACCACUUGUCAAGUCAGCCAGCAAUGAAGUGAGAAGACUCUCAUCAAAAGAUUAUUCUGAAAAUAAGAUUGGUGUUCUCUUCGACCAAUAUAAAGAUGUGCAAAGUGAUGUUAUUCUGUCUGAGGGAAUUGAAAAAUUGUGUGUGGAUUUAGAUGUGAAACCAGAGGAAUUUAAAGUUUUAGUUUUAGCCUGGAAAUUUGGAGCUGAAACCAUGUGCAGAUUCAGUCGUAGAGAGUUUGUUAAUGGGUGUAAAGCACUUAGAGUGGAUUCUGUGAAAGGCAUCCAGUCUAAGUUUUCAGAGAUGUUGCUGGAGGUUCAAGAUCCUGAAAAAUUUAAAGACUUGUAUAGAUUUACCUUUAAAUUCGGCCUAGAUGCCGAGUCAGGCCAACGAAUACUACCAGCUGAUAUGGCACUGUUACUGUGGAAACUUGUGUUCAGUCAGCAGGAACCUGCAAUUUUGAAAAGGUGGUUGACAUUUCUUGAACUGCACCCUAAUAUAAGAGGGAUCCCAAGAGACACUUGGAACAUGUUCCUGAACUUCGUGGAAGCUGUGGGGGAUGACUUAAGUUCUUAUGAUGAUACAGAAGCGUGGCCGAGCCUUUUUGAUGAUUUUGUCGAAUAUGAAAAUGAUCAAUUAAACCAAAAUGUUAAGAAAGAUCUGAGGGAGGAAAGUGAUUAAUGUUAUUUUAUUAUUAAGAAUGUUUUUGGAUGUGUUAUGAAAUUAAGGUAAGACUACUAUGGAAUAAAAAGCAACUUUACUGGAUACUGGAUAUGAUGGGCAAAUUUUCUCACUAUAAGGUAACUUUAAGUAUAUAGGGAGCUUACAUUAAUUGUGAUUCAUUAAUAAAUAUAACUGAAUUCUUA